AUGACGUAGGGCUCAUGCUGCGAAAACACCGUCAGGUUGUUAUGGUCUUCUCGUAAAACAGAAUAUAUAUCCACUUAAGUGAAAGUUGUUUUAACUGUGUUGUCUACGAAAAAAUGUCCUUCACGGCACUAGUUUGGUAUUUGACAAGCAAUACAUAUUCAUCCGCUUCUACAUGAGUGUCAAGAGCACAUCAGUACCCGGAUGAACUGUCAUGGCCGUCGUCGCUGUGGAUCCAUAGAGAGGAGAGAAGGAAGGCAAAUGUUUCUGCUGUGUUUUUUCCACAUUAACCUCCUUUUCAUAAUGUCGGACGUUGACGGGACGCCGCCUGAACUUCCAUCGAGUUCAUAGCACCGUGGCCACACUGCAAGUUCCUCUUCUUCAGACACGACAUUCAUGUUUGAGUUUGUCCUAAAGGAGUACAGCAACUAAGCAAGUUUCCAGCGAAGCUACUGGCUCAAAAGAGAGGAAAGCAAUCAGAGCAGACAUCUGUAGAUUUACAACUAUGGAAGAAGACCUCACAAUACUGAAUGAUUCUGCCAAAAACUGCAACAUAUCAGUAACAGGAGAUGAAAAAGAAAAGGUGAAAGACUUUGUAUACAAGCAUUUCAGAGAAGUGACAGAUGGGCCACUCUUCAAUAAUGCCGAAGAAUCUCCCAUUAAGGAACAUGGGAGUUCCAAGAAAGAUAAACAAACUCUCAAUAAGUCCCAUUGUAAAAUUCAGCAGGGGGCUGUUUUCUCUGGAAAGAUUCUGAGUUUUGGAUGCUCUGUGUGUAAAGAUGAUUACACAUAUAGCCCCAAUGAUCUCCUUAAACAUUUCCGUGCGUCCCAUAAAGGAAUCCUUCCUACAUACCCUUGUGACCUGUGCGGUUUUGUCACUCACGAGUUCCCUGCUCUUCAACGCCAUCGGAUUGAGCACAGGAAUACUCUGGUUACAUGUGAGCUCUGCAACAAUGAUGUCCAGUACUCUCUGCUGUUGCUUACCAGACACUACAUCAUGUGUCACAGUCUAAAUGGACAGUUUAACUGUGACUGGUGUGAGUUUACAACUGUGGAUGCAGGUACGUUCGUCCAGCACAUCCAUCAUCAUAACGAGAGUCCUUGGAAGUGUUCAAAAUGCAGUCAUAUCAGCUUGAACGAAGAGGGUUACCAGAAGCAUAUGAAAGCUCACUCAGUUACAUUCCCCUUCACUUGUCAGAUCUGUGGAUAUGGUGCAUCAAGAAGCGAGUACCUGAAAAAACACACAACAGCUGUUCACAAAGAGCAAGCUGAAAGACAGAAUGUAUGGAAGGCUUUAGAAGACGGUGCCACUGCAGCAAAUUCAUCUGCAAGCUUAAAACAUUUGCUGAAAAAGAGUGGUGAAUCACAGGAGGCUCAGAGGAUAUCAAAACUUAACUGUCUCUCUGGGAGUUUACAAAACCAAAAUGGCAGGCUAAUGAAACCAGAGAUAUCAUUUGAGGAGACCCACCACUUUGUGGAUGCAAAAAAGGAAAACAGAAAUUUGAGCAAAGGCUCAAAUAAUACAGAGCAGUUAAUGCCAGUAAUGUUACAGGAAUGUGACAACUCUCCAAGUUCUGAUGCUGCAAGUCACACCAGUCCCAAUGGAUUGACUGUUCUGAUGGUUAAGAACAAAAUCUCUCUUCCCCCCAACUGCACAACCAAAGUGAUGGGAUUCAAGAUGGUUGAUGGCAAAAAGCAUUUAGUUCUUAAAGUAAUACCAACAGCAAAGCAAGAUUCAUCCAAUCAAAACCAUUCCCUGGUUGAAGACGUGGGCUCCUCAGCACCAAACCCUGAGUUGGAUAAAAGUAAAGUUUUUAGUGAGAAUGGGCAAUGUUCUAAUAGCAAGAACUUAACAUCACAUUGUUUUGCUCUUUCACCAAGAAGUGGAUCUUGCAUGCAGAUGGAUCCAGAUGAUAUUAUGGCAGUUAAAGUAAAGAUUGAGGAGGAAGAAACCUCUGUUUGCAACCUUGAUUCAACCCCACCUAGAGCUGAUGUUGGGGAGCAAACUAAUCCUUUUCUAAGUAGGUCUUCGACUUGUGCAGAUACAUUAUACCCCAUGACAAAUGAGUUGGAUCACGCGGGCAACCAAAGUCACCCAAGUCAAACAAACUGCUCAGAGAGAAGUAAGUUUGAUAAUAACUCAGUCUCUGUCGCAUUUAACUCUGAUGCAACCUACCAUAGUGGUCUUCAAAUCAGUAAUCAUUCAGCAAUGUGUGCUAGGAAGGUCACUAGUUUAUCUUCAAAGGUUUCUCAGGAAACAUUGCAAGUCUCCAAAGAAACAAUUGAAAAGUGUGGGGCUUCAGAUGAGUUAUUAAUGACUGACACAGAAGCAGACAAAGAAAACUCUUCUUUUAAAGCUAUAGUAAAUGAUGACCAAUCCAGUACCACCAGUACUCCAGAAAAAACUGAUUGGGUUAGAACUGAAAUUAUACAUGUAAACAGCAAGCAACAUUUUAAGAAGCAUCUGAGGUAUCAAGCACCUCCAUCAGAGUCAGACCCACCCAGUUCAGGUAGCCGCAGAGAAGGUACCAUGGGCUCAGAAAACUGCACACACAAUUCACCAAACCAAGAAGUAUUUACUUUUCACAAUUAUUCCAAGGAAACAUUUGGCACUUCACCUAACACUACCCAAAACUUUGACAAUAUGUCCGAACAUUCAGCAGAAAAAGAGAAUAUUUUUAGCUUGACUUUGGCAGAGUCUCCAGAACCAUUCACAGAAAGUGUCGAUGGAGAAGACUCCACUCAAGAAGAGGUGUCCGAUGGUGAUAUUGAGGUUGAUGAGUGCUUAGCUUGUGUUGACGAUCCUGCCACUGAGGAUGAAAAUCCUGAGUCAGUGCUCAAAGACUUUAAUAUUAUUAAAAUUGAGGAAGAGAGCAUUCCUAUAUCUAACAAACAGUCAGAAACAAGGAGUAGUUCAACUUUCUUGGGCAGUUUUGUGGAGGAACAUUCAGAUGCAAUCAUUACCCAACAACUUAAUAAGGAAAGAGUUGGAUCUACAAGUACAAGUAAUGAUUCUAUAAAACAAACAAAAACAACUCUACGAAUUCUUCAAUUGCCGGAGGGUAAGCAGUCAGUACUCCUGAGAACUACUGAGAAUCGAUUUGCCAUGCCGGUGCAGGUUAAGUCCACUCCUGGUUUCAAACUGAUAACUAAUUCUGCAAAUCCUCAGAUCAAUGUAUCUUAUAUGAAGCCAGGGUUAGAACGAUCAAGUAAUCCUACUGGAGUAAGCCUUACUACUAACAGCAGGAGGAUGGGUGUAUCAGCAGCAAAGGCAGGAGCUGCUGAAAAAGGGACAACAAUUCUCUCUGCUGUUCAACCAGGUGUUAGCACCACCUCAAAUCACUACCUUAUCAACAGCCCAGGUUUUAAGGGUCCUGUACUCUUUUCAAGCACACCACAUAAUACACCAACAGACAAAACGGCAAAGACACAGCCAACGUGCUACUUGGUACAGAGGUCCGUUCCAUUUGUUCAGACCCCCAGUUCUCCUGGCCCCAGACUGGCAGGUACACAACUCCCACUGAACGUGACCUCUAUAGACAAACCUAGCACUUUGCAGACCGGUCACCAGGCAUUCUUGCUCCGAUACAUUUCUCCACCCAAAUCAGGCUUAAUAUUGAACAACCAAGAGACAAAGAUUGGGACUCAGUCUAGCCAAACCAGUGAAAGUACUGGAAACAAAGUCAUAUUUAAGAUUGUCACUCCUACUGGUAGCCUUCUCACAAGUGGCGCUCAAACUUCAAGCAGUCAACCUUUGUUUUUGGCCACCAGUCCUCAGACUCAGUGUUUUCUGGUGUCAUCAAACAAAACAAAUGCAAAUUCCUCCAAUGGAGUAAAGAAAUUGAUCCCCAUACAAAAUAAUGCACAGAAAGAUGUCACGGAUUCUUGCAUUUCACCCUCUCAGUUGAAUGUAAAGAUACAACUGUGUGAAGCAGAGAAAUCUUUCCUAGCCCCAAGGCCAAUUCGUCCUCCAAGCCAAAGGAAAAGGCGCAGGAAACCAUUAUUUGACGAGCUUCCAGCAACGGUGCAUAAAGCUAGAAGACUAUCAAAUAAAGUACUGACUGAGAAAGAGACUACUGUGUUAUGGAAGCCUGUAGCCAAAGAAGUUGAAAGGAUACUCAGGCUUGCCCCGUUCAGUUCUCUACAGCAGAUCAAAUGCCCUCGUAGAUACCAACCUGUCGUGGUGCUCAAUCAUCCAGAUGCUGACAUUCCCGAAGUGGCCAAUAUCAUGAAGGUAGUAAACAGGCACAAAGGUGCUGUUACUAAGGUCUCUCUGUCUCAGAAAACAAUCCAAGCGCUCUCUGAGCUUGGUGCUCUAUGGAAGAAUUCAUCGACCAAAGGUGCAUCGUCUCAUAGCGACGAUCCUAGAUCCCGGCCAGUUCAGAGUUCUGUCAGAGAACGAUUCCUCCUGAAACUGAAGUUGAGGAAAAAAAGCAAAAAAAAGUAUGAGGUAGUUGACACUCUAUCAGGUUGUGGAAAAGAGCCUGUGGUGUUUGACUGUUGGUUUUGUGGUCGGCUCUUCAACAGCCAAGAAGAUUGGAUCGGCCACGGCCAGCGGCACCUCAUGGAGGCCACCAGAGACUGGAAUAAACUGUUCUGAAAGUUUCCCGUUGCCUCUAAAUGGGAUGAUAUUCUAGCGUAUUGAGGUGAAACAAAUGGUUGAAGUUGUAUAUUUUUGAAUGACCUUCCACUAUAUGUUUGUUUAAUUUCUGUUCCUGUAAAUACAUAUUCUGAAGUAAAUCAUAGUUUAUCUUUUCAUAGGUGCAUUUUCUGAUGAAUCCUGUACUGCAAGCAUGAUUUAUAUCAUGGUCAAAUUGAACUGUGAAAAUGGUACACUGUAAUUAGGAGUUGAGUGGUAAGAGCGCAAGUUUAAGGAGAGGGGACAACAGCACAAGAGGUUGUAUAGAGCUGGAUUAAAUUACUCAGGUGAUUUCAUAUUAAUCUGGUUUGUCAUUUUUGCUCAUAAAUGUCAAAUAAGCAGAGGCCUAGUUUAAGGGACUUUAGUAUCUUCUUUUAUUAUCCUGCACAUAAGGACAGGAAACCUAUUUGUAUAUCUUAACUCAACAACAAAUUCCUUUUGUUUCUGGUCCAAAUGAUUAGAUUUGGUAUGAGGUUGUAUUGAAGGGGAUAUCAUUUGUCUCUAUUCUUUCUUCAGGAUUAGUUUACAGUUUCCUUGUCAGGGUUUUGUCCAUCUGUAGCAUGUGCUUGUAAUAACUAGAGCUAAGAUUUUUCACAGUAUCACUUAAAAAUGCAAUCAGUGUUGCAAACAGACAAAUGGUUAUAUCAAAUACUUUUGCAGAAAAUAAAUCCUGUGUCUGUAACAUGGUUCUGUCAGUAUUUACAGGUCAGCCCUUUGUACACCCUAUGCAGUUUCCAUGCAGCAAUAUUUGUUGUCAGCAGCUCACACUGUUCACUUGUGCGCCUGUUUAGUUUACCGAUAAAUCUUCAAUGUCUCAUGAAUUGUCUUUCAGAUUGUUACUUUUUCGGGUUUGCAUUGUUUGUUCAUUUAAGAUGAUUGUGGUUCAGGAUGGAAACAUCAAGAGAGUCUUAACAACAGAAAUGUUACAGUCCAGUGUUGUCACAGGGCUGGAGAUUAAGAUUUGGCAUUCACUUUCAAACCUUUAAGAUGCAAAAGUUGACAAAAUGGAAUUACAAUUGGAAUUGUAAAGGUUCUGAGUAUAUAUACCCAUAUGUCAUAUUAACAAUGGUUUAACUCUGACUGCAACUAACAACUAUUUUCACUAUCGAUUAAUCUGUUGAUUAUCUUCUUCAUGAAUCAAUUAAUCAUUUGGUCUAUUUAAUGUAAGAAUAGAGUCAAAAAUGUCUAUUAAGACCAAGGUGACAUCAUCAGACAAACAGUCCAGAGAUAAUAAGUUUAUUAUCACCAAUCAAAGAAACGAGCAACUCCUCUCAAAGCGGAUGAUGCGAUGUUGGCAUCUAGGAUUACAAAACUGAGUGUCAAAAUAGUCUCAGAUAAUUUUUCUGUCCAUCAACUAAUCACUUCAGCUCUAAGUCAAACAUAUUACGUACAUUCUCAAGCAGGCAUUGAACAAGUGUCCUAGUCUCAAACAAUAAUAUAACAAAUAUCCAUUUGCUUUUUGUUUAACUUUAGUCCCAUUUGUUUGUAUUUAAGAUACCAUCAGUCAACCUCAAUCCUUCUUGCAGCUGUUUCACAUUAACAUCCUGUUAGGAAAGAAAGGGAUUAUUCCCUUUGAUAGUGUGCCGCGUGUUACUGCUGAUGAGAAGGACUAAGGUGUUUUUUUUAUGACUGAGAGGUUGGCGAAUAAAGGUUUACAGGAAUAGAUGGUGUAUAUAAAAACGUGAAACCGCAAGUCUUGACAUCAAUUUGCUCUAGCACCCAGGGCACCCAGAAAACAGAAAGAACACAGAAAAAUGCAUUUUCACACCUUUUUAAAUUUUCACUCAUUGAAAAGAGUUUCUUGUUGAUAUCAAAUACUUUCAGAACUGAUUUUCUAGUUAAUGUCACAUUGGUUUUUUAUGCUCUGUAGACAUUUUACCUGUAGUUGAAGCCCUGAACGUAACCUAUGUGUUUGGACUCUGCAACAACGUUCACCUGUUAUUGCAUUAAUGUUGUAAUUAUAAAUCUGCUCACUGGCAUCAUCCAGUCCAGCGUUUUGUACAUACAUUUGUUUUAAUGUAACAUUUUACACUUUUUUUCAUGGCAACAUGGACUUUGUUUUUGAUCACGGUUUUAAUGAUUGUAUUACAUGAUGAUAAUGGAACUGUGGAAUUAAUGUUUUAUUCCGUUCAAUAUGCAAGUGACUGAACAAUGUAAGCCAUGCUAACGUGUUAUAUUUUCAAAUUGGCUGUUAACAGCCAGCCUCCAAUUACUGAAGUUCUGACCUCACCAGGUCCUGCUUUUCACCAGCAUUUGCUAAAUGUUCAUUUUAAACAAUCGCUCCAUUCAACAACAGGGCAUUUUAUUCUACAUCAGGUGAAUUACCUGAAACCAUUUCCUAUAAAAUUCCCACAAAUGUAACAUGAGUAGUAGCUACUUUCCACUCAUCUUUGUGACUUACCAAUGGAACCAAACACACAUUUAACUUUCUUCUUCGCAUUAUGGGCUGUUCUCUUCUUAAAUGAAUUGUUCGACAUUUUGGGAAAUACGCUUAAUCCCUUUUUUCCAGGGAGUUUAAUGAGAAGAUUGACAUGUCUGUGUGUUUAGUACAGAGCUGGAGCCCAGAUUGUGUUUAGCCUAGCUUAGCUUAGUUUAGCAUAAAGACUGGAAGCAGGGUAAACGCCAGCAUGAGCCUGUUUUAGAGGGAGUUGGAACUGUUUCUUGACGAACACCAGUUUAUCCCUCCACCCAGUACUUCUGUGCUUCGGCUACAGCGUGGGUUGUCAGUUAUGCUUACUCAGCACAGGUUUUAGUGUUGCUCUGUGUUCAGGCACGAUGGUACCAAACCUGUCAACCUCCGUCAGACAGGACUCCCUGAAGCUACAUGACUUGAGGUUUAGCCUGCAAACCGUCUAACGUAACAAGGAUCGUGUUAUAACUUUGUUUAAAGGAUUGAGGUUGUCCUACAAUAUUCAUGUGCUUGAUAUUUCUCUCCCUGGUUACUGGUUUGUACUGCAAUUUAAAAUAUUGCUGACAUAUACACUACUUAAAGGUAAAACAGGAUAUAAAGUAACUAAAUAGUUAUUUUUUAGACAUGUUAAUAAAAUAGGCUGAAGCUUAGUUUGACACAGUUGAGUGUUCAGUAAUAUUUAAUGCAAUAUUUGAACAAUAACAUAUUGUUUUUACCACUCUUUUAGCCAACUUUCUCUUUGAUUGUGUAGCUCCCCUCCUCGUUCAGACGGUUUGAGAUGAUCACAGCCAAAUGGAUGCUAACACCAAAUGAACUCCAGGUUCCUUCCGUUAGUUUCAGAUAAAUGAUGAAAUGUACAGUGUGAAAGCAGCCUCGUUGCUUCCUCUGUCUCUUCUGUGUCUUCUUCACUGCUCUCAGGCCAAAGAACUAUUUGGUUCUAUCAUAACGUUUUAAAAAGAAGUGUUGUUAAGAUUUCUAACUGUACAAAUGAGUUCUGCACUGUGAUAAGGACGAACCACCAUAUGGGGAUACACUACUAGAUCAGCUUAUUUGCAUUAGUUGUAUGAGCCUAAAAUGAGAAGUGAACGAUAAUUGAAAUCUAUUGAGUUCAUACAUAAAGACCUCCCACUGCUCCCCUUCAGGAUGAUGAUGCUCCACUCUAACACAAACCACAUUGUAGGUUUCAACCCUUACAUGCUGAACUCUUCAUGUACACAACUGUUCCUGUCCAGCAGGCUGUUCAAACUUAACCCAAUCUUUCCUCAUGCAAAGUGCCUCAAAUGUUGUUUAGCAGGUUGACAAUGUGUACUGUAUAUUUUUGUUCAACUUAGUGGUUCACUCUCCUAAUAAAUGUACAUACCUUAUGGAAA